UGGGUCGUGAGCUCGUCCAUCCAUCUAUGCAAUAAAAAUAAAAAAUAAAUAUUUAUAAUGCGCAAUUCAUUUAAAAGUAUUUCUUCUAUAUUUGUGAAUCGAACUCCGAGACUGCCUCGAGACAAUAUCUACACUUCAAAUUGGAACACAUUAUUGAAAAAACAGUGCAAAAUGAAAACUAUCUAAUUUAUCAUUCAAUCCGUCAUGACUAUGUUUACCGUGAACGAAAAUCCUGAAGAAAAAUAUUCAUUAUGUGAUUGAAAAAUCAGCUACAAUUAUACUAAAAAAAAAAGGUAAGUAACCUCUUUAACGUGUACUCAAAAUAAAAAUAGGUUAGCGAAAAUUUUAUAGACUGGUCUUAAAAUAAACAAAAACGUAGUCAUUGAAAACUAACGAAAAAAAUCGUGACGUUCCCAGCAUUGGAAACGUGAAACACCAUACACUACCGCUAAGGAAAAACCAUGUAUCGAGUGUAUUUUACAUUAUUUUAUAAAACAUGAUAGAGUAUAAAGUACCGUUAGCAACACAAGUGUUUGAUAAUAUUAUUAUUUGACACGUAAACGAAGCUACAGAAAGGACCACGUACUGGUGGUGGAACACGAAAUCAGCACGGGUAGGUACCACCACUCCGGCAGUUUCAGCGAAGCAGUAAUUCUAUUUGUUAGUUCAUAUCUGAAGGUCUGUAUUUACAUUAUGAUGACCAUGGGCUCCAGUAACCGCUUAACACCAGGUGAACCGUUCAUUUCGCAGUAAAAUCCUAGACACAUGAGUAAGUAGCACCCGUACUUCGGCCGCCUAGAAAUAAUUGUGUAUUAAUUAAUUUUCACAGAACUAAAAAUCUGCCAAGAACGUUUUAUUAUGAGCUUCUUCGGUUUCUCUGACAUGAAUUAGAGAAGCUCAUAAUUUUGGGUCGCAUAGAAGACAAGCGCGCCGUGGGCAGAACACCAGCCCAAUUGUCAGAUCUGGUUAAUAAAACGGUUGGAACACUAUGGAGGAAAGUCACAUGUCGUCGCGAUCCUCAGCAGUGAAGGAACGGUGAAGACGAAUUAAGUACAAUUAUUAUUGCUACAACAAUUAUAUUAACCAGUACACAGAUCGCGAACAAAUACACUGCGAGUGGAUGCUCGGGGGUAAUAAGAUCUCGACAAAAACAUCAUCAUUCAUCAUUCUCUUGCCCUUUUCUUAGUCAUUUGGGGUCGGCGCAACAUGUUUUCUCUUUCCAUACUCCUCUAUCAUAUACCAUUUCUUCGCUCACUCCCUUCUUACGCAUAUCGUCUUUCACGCAACCCAUCCGUUUCUUCUUAGGUCUACCUCUUCUUCUAUAUCCUUCUACAUUCACAGUUAACACUCUUACCAACCUCAUUUUCAUUUCGUCUCAUCACAUGUCCAUACCAUCCCAAACGCACCCUUCUCAACUUCUCUGUCACAGGUGCCACUUUCAGACUUCCUCUAACAUAUUAGGAGCAACAUAUUAAGAUAUCCCGCCAAAAACAUUACUCUAAUAUUGUUUACUCGAUAAAUGUUUAUAUCAUGUAUCAAAAAAAUUCGAUAUUUUUUGGUUAUUAUUUCGAAAAACAUUUAAGGCAAACUCUACGCGACUGUACUGUCGCACAAAAUAACCUAUCAGAGGUACGUAAGAUCUAUUUAAGAGAGUCGGUCGGAUCGCGUCAAACAUUCGAGGUGAAAUCGGCAAUAAAUCAAAAUGCGUUGCUUGGUAAUGUUGUGUGCUUUAAUCGCGGUAGCUUUUGCCGCCCCCAGCACCAUCGGAGAUGUCCCGACAGCCCUGCCCGCGUAUCAUCGUGGCUGCAUGUUCAUCUUCGGAAAUUGCACAAGGCACUGCGAAGUAGGCACCCACGUCUACACGAACGACUGUGGUCCCUUUAUGCCUGAGGCCACAUGUGACGUGCCAGUUCCAGUUCAAGAGACACACUCCGUUUGCGACUUCUCCGCGUGCUACUGCGACCCUGGUACAGUCAGGGACACGAAAACGAAGAAAUGCGUCAAACUCGAAGACUGCUCCAAAUGAUGGAACCAAGCUGUUCUCGUAUAAUAUCGCUUAACCAACAAUAUCGCGGAAAUUUAAUUAGCUUAGCACUUAGACUUAAACUUAGACUAAAGCUUUUUACUGGUGGUAGGACUUGUGAGUCCGCACGGGUCACUACCCCGUCUAUUUCUGCCGUGAAGCAGUAAUGCGUUUCGGUUUGAAAGGUGGGGCCGUUGUAACUAUACUGGGACCUUAGAACUUAUAUCUCAAGUUGAGUGGCGCAUUUACGUUGUAGAUGUCUAUGGGCUCCAGUAACCACUUAACACCAGAUGGGCUGUGAGCUCGUCCACUCAUAUAAGCAAUAAAUUUUUUAUUAAAAAAUUGAAUUUAAGUGACACUUCGGUUAAUGACGAACAAAAUACUACAUUAGUCAUUUGUAGACAUUUUCCUGGUAAAUUUCUCAGAAUAUAUUCACUUUUUUUUGGCUGUUUCAAAGAAGUUUAUUUGAAAUGCGUAUUGUUAGGUAAGCAAUGCAAUGUUUGCAAAUCUAUUAACGGCAUUUGGUAUGGCGAUUCAACGUAAUAAUUUUGAUUGAACACAAAAAAAAAUACAUUCCGAAACUGUACGUAUCUUAAUGGUUUGACAGUAGGAAGUGGCUUGACUCUGUCCUUGACCAUUAGCCACUCACCAUCAGGUGAGCCGUGUGCUUGUUUACCUACGAGGGCAAUAAAAAAAAUUUCUUCGAAAUCAAGCGUUAUCACAAUAAUUAAUGUGUAUUGCUCCAAGUACAUUGUUUACUUAGAUCGGGUAACAUUAAAUUAAUGUAAUGUUAUGUAAUUACACGAAAAUAUUAUGUAUAUCUCAUGCAAAUCCACGGAACACAAUGAAAUGGAAUGAUUAAUAUUAAAGAUGAAAAUAAAAUUUGAUAUUUUUGUUA